GCUGGGCGGCAGCAGGGCCCGCGCCGUCAUGCCGUGGCUGAGCGGCGGCAGGCGGCGGCGGCGGCGGCGGGGACAGCCGCUCGAGGCCCCGCAGGAGCAGCCGCCGCCCGCGGCCCCCGCGCCCUCCGCGCCGCCACCCCUGCUGGCCCGGGAGAGCGCCGAGCUGCAGCUGCCCGCCGGCUGGGAGGAGGCGCGCGACUACGACGGCCGCGUCUUCUACAUCGACCACAACACGCGCCAGACGUCGUGGAUCGACCCCCGCGACCGCUAUGGUGGGAUAACAAAGCCACCGACCUUUGCUGAUUGUGUUGGGGAUGAACUUCCUUUAGGAUGGGAAACUGUAUGUAAUAAACAAGUUGGCAUUUAUUACAUGAACCACAUAAAAAAGCUUACCCAGAUUGAGGAUCCCAGAGAACAGUGGUGGCGGGAGCAGGAACGGAUGCUGAAGGAGUAUUUAAUUGUAGCCCAGGAGGCCCUCAAUGCCAAGAAAGAAAUCUACCAGAUUAAGCAGCAGCGUUUCGAGUUGGCCCAGGAGGAAUACCAGCAGCUGCACAAGAUGUGCGAGGACGACAGCUGCUCGUACACCAGCUCCUUUUCUGGAUAUUCAACAAAUACUAAGUACAACCCACUCCAAAUAAAAGCAGAAAUAACAAGUCAUCGGGAUGGGCUUUCCAGAUUAAAACGAGAGCUGACCCAGAUGAAGCAAGAACUGCAGGACAAAGAAAAGGGGGUAGAGACCCUGCAAGAAAUUGAUCGAAAGAUGUCAAGUGCUCACACCAGCUACAAACUGGAUGAGGCACAGGCUAUAAUGAGCGAGCUCAGGACCAUCAAAAAAACCAUUUGUACAGGCGAGAAGGAAAGGCGGGACCUGAUGCAAAGCCUGGUGAACCUUACCAAUGGUUUCAAGAAUUUCUCCUUUAUUACUGACUCUCUACAGGAUUUUUCUCAGAAUUCGGGCUCAUUUGUAGAUUCUCAUUUGCCUCAACAGUUCUGUGAUGCUGCAUCUCAAACGGAUAUCAUUGGAGAGUUUGCCUUUGAUGAUAAAACAAACCUUGUAGACCAGGUCAGACUUAAUUGGCAAUGUGAGGAGGCCAGAAAGAGAGUCUCAAAUAUCCAGCGGCAGCUGGCCCAGUUUGAGAGCGAGUCCUGGCCGGGCAUGGCCGAGGCCGACAGGGGCCGGCUGCAGCUCAUCAAGGAGAAGGAGGCCCUGCAGCUCAUCAUUCAGCAGAGGAGGCCGGCGGAGGACGUGGCCCGGCUGGAGGAGGAGCGGCGGCGCCUGGAGGAGGAGAUCCAGCGCUCCCGGGCCACGUCCGUGCAGGGCGCCACGGAAAGGAUUCUACUUCAGGAAAAAAGAAACUGUCUCCUGAUGCAGCUGGAAGAAGCCACCUGCCUAAUGUCCUAUCUCCAGUCCCGGUUACAAAGCCUGUCCGCCAGCACCCUGACCGUCUCCUCGGGGAGCAGCCGUGGCUCCCUGGCCUCCAGCCGCGGCUCCCUGGACUCCAGCCGGGGCUCCCUGAGCUCCGUCAGCUUCACCGACAUCUACGGCCUCCCGCAGUACGAGAAGCCCGACGCCGAGGGCGGCCCGCUCCUGCGCUUCGACCUCGUCCCCUUCAACUCCCUGGGCCGGGACGCCCCCUUGGCGGAGGCCCCGGGCCCCGAGCGCCUCCACAAACAGAGGCGCUCCCUGGACACGCCGCAGUCCCUGGCGUCCCUGUCCUCGCGCUCCUCCCUGUCCUCGCUGUCCCCACACAGCUCGCCCUUGGACACGCCCUUCCUCCCGGCCUCGCGAGACUCGCCCCUGGCCCAGCUCGGGGACACCUUCGAGGUGGCGGGCCUGGGCGCCCUGGACAGGCUGCGCGCUCAGGCCUCCGCCUUGGGGGACGAAGACCCGCUGGGCGAGGCGUCCCUGCCGCCGCACGGGUGCCCCGGGGACGGGGAAGGACCUCGCAAGCGAGGACCCCAAGCGGCUGCCGCUCCCACGGCUGCACGUACCAAACUGAGGGAAGACAGCGCCCAGAGGCUGGAGCGGAGAGCGUGCUGCGUGUCUGCCUGCCUGUCCGAUUACUCGCUGGCCAGCGACAGCGGCGUGUUUGAACCUGCCACCAAAAGGAGUGAGGACGCCGACGAGCCUGUGCCUGGAGACGCUUGCGGUAACGGGGGGCCCCAGAUCCAUGUUGGAUUCUUGCACGACAGUGCCAGCGAGUGUCUCCUCGUGAACGUGCUCCAACUGAAGAACUUUGCCGGGCUGGUGGUGAAGGAAGACUGCAAAAUACACAUCCGCGUCUGUUUGCCUCCGCUUGACCCCGGCACACCAAACACAUUCUGCUCUAAGGCUCUGGAAUUGAAAGCCCCCUUGGUGUUUAAUGAAGUUUUCAAAAUCCCUGUGCAGUCAAACAUGGUGAUGUUGAAGUCCCUUCAGUUAUACAUGUGCUCAGUGAAUCCGCAGCUGCAGGAAGAACUGCUGGGCAUUGCUCAGAUUAACUUGGCUGAUUACGAUGGUUCGAGCGAGAUGCAGCUGCGCUGGUACUCGGUGCAGGUGUUCACCGGCCCCGAGCCGCCCGGGCGGGAGGACAAGCGGCUGGGACACAGCGACUUCCGGGACCCUGCACCCACCACGUCUGGAAAGACAGACGCGGUGAUGGUGCUGCUGGCGAGAGCCACGGCCCAGCUGCAGGCGGUGGAGAGAGAGCUGGCCGAGGAGCGGGUGAAGCUGGAGUACACGGAGGAGGAGAUCCUGGAGAUGGAGCGCAAGGAGGAGCAGGCCGAGGCCGUGUCCGAGAGGAGUUGGCAAGCCGACUCGGUGGACAGUGGCUGUAGCAGCUGCGCCCAGACCAGCCCCCCGCACCCAGAGCCCUGCUGCGUUGCUGUCAGCUCCAUCCACGGACACACGUUUGCUGGCCAGGCAGACCCUUACGGCCCCGAGGAACUUCAGCCCCCACCUCUGAAGGUUGAUAAGGAAACCAACACAGAAGAUCUCUUCCCGGAAGAGGUGGCGAGUCUGCCGAAGGAGAGGCCCGGCCGCAGGGCCCGCGGCUCGCCCUUCACGCGGAGCAGCACCAUUGUGCGUUCCCAGACUUUCUCGCCCGCAGCACGAAGCCAGUACGUCUGCAGACUUUAUCGUAGUGACAGCGACAGUUCAACGCUGUCCCGGAAGUCCCCCUUUGUCCGAAACACUUUGGAAAGACGAACCCUUCGCUAUAAGCAGCCCUGCAGGUCCUCCCUGGCGGCGCUGGCGGCGCGCACGUCCCUGGACCUGGAGCUGGACCUCCAGGCGUCGCGGACGCGGCAGCGGCAGCUGAACGAGGAGCUGUGCGCCCUGCGCGAGCUGCGCCAGCGCCUGGAGGCCGCCCAGCUCCGCGGCCACGCCGAGCCCGCGGCCUGGCUGCUGCGCGACGAGCGCUUCCGGAGCCUGCUGCGGGAGGCCGAGAGGCAGACGAGACAGACCAAACUUGACUUCCAUCAAGAACAGGCAGCUGAGAAGAUGCUGAAGAAGGCCUCCAAAGGGGUGUGCCAGCUGCGCGGGCAGAACCUCAAAGAGCCCAUCCAAGUGCAGGCGUUCAGGGAGAAGAUAGCAUUUUUCACGAGACCAAGGACUAACAUACCUCCGCUGCCGGUUGAUGAUGUUUGA